CGUAGAAUGGUUAGACUACAAGGCAUCUAAUACUACACGUAGUACACGUAGUACACGUGUACUAGGCUUUAACCGAUAUCCGCGUUACAGUUUGUGCCCCCGUACUACUAUUAUCGGACAUGUGGUAAGCAGGCUUGCGAACGGGUAGAUCGAUUUGUUGGGAUAUUUUGACCAGGAACUUUCUCGGAUAUCACUGUUAAAUAGUUGGUGGAUAAUGUCCGAAGAUUUUCAGAACAAGGUCAAACAAUACAAGGAGAUGGGGAAGACCGCCUUCAUCAUUGGCUACACGGGGGAGUGUGGGAAGGAGCUGGUCAAAGCCUUGUCCAAAAAUAAAAUAUUCAGCAAAGUUGUCCUCAUUGGGCGUAGGAAAGUGGAGAUCAGUCCCGAUCCGGGACCAGAAUUUGAACAAAAAGUUGUUGAUUAUGACAAGCUGGAAGAAUAUACAGAAGCCUUCCAAGGAAAUCAAGUUGGCUACUGCUGUUUGGGGACUACUAGACACAAAGCAGGAAAGGAAGGGUUCAUCAAGGUCGACCGGGACUAUGUACUAAAAAGUGCAGAGAUUGCGAAAUCUACGGGCUGUCAACAUUUCAGCGUAGUAACGGCUUCCACUUCGGAUAAAAACAGUAUGUUUCUCUACGUCAAAACGAAGGGAGAAGUAGAGGAAGGUCUGAAAGGCAUGGGAUUUGACAAGUUAUCUAUCUUUAGACCAGCGAUGCUGCUAUGUGAUCGGUCAGAAAGCCGCCUAGGAGAAACUUUUGCGCGAGCCUGUUUUAAACCCUGGGCUUACCUCUUCCCCACAGUGGGAUCUGUGCCUACGUCCUACGUGGGUAGGGCUAUGGUUGUCGACACAGUUAUGCCAGGUGAUGACAAAAUUAGAACCUACAGCAAUGCCGAGAUACAUGGCCUGAUAAAGCAGGAUAACAAUCAGGAUUGAGAUAGGGAAUAAGCAUACAAACACAUUACUGUUAUCAGAACUAGCAUAUCGUUCGUCCCAUUACAGUCUCACCUCGCUUAGUACACAAUACUGAUUAUCUUAAAGAUGUAAACUUACCAAAUGUGGAACGAACUCUUCUGAAAAGAGAAGUGGAAAUCUUUUCAAAAUAGUUGCUUGCAAUAGUCGGUUAGCAUUCACAAGUGGAUAUCGUUCAUCAAGCCAUCACUUACACAAUUGUCGCCCUGUCCAUAGCUUUAGGAUACGGAUUAACCAUUUCCUAGAAGUGAUUUUCCCAGUUAUUAAGUCGUGCUACGAUCUAACUACAGUUGCUUGGAACGAAGUUAGACGUAUUAUUGUGGCUACACUGUACACUCCAGGUGUUGAAAAUGGAACGAUAUAUAUUUAUAUAAAUAUUUAUUAGACUAACGUAUUUAUAUAAAAAAGUAUAUUUUUUUUACAAAUGGGCGCGAUUACUUAUAUAUAUAACGAAUAAUCAAGAUAAACCUGUUUUACCUACCUAUACGCGUGUUUUUUGAAAACGUCGUCAUCGCGUCAUUACUUUAUAGCACAGAAUCAGGGUCGCUCAGGUGCGAUACAAACUGAACUCUCAACCCUCGGGAUAAGAUUGUUUAAGCUCAGGUGUGAUACAGACUGAAAUCUCAACCAUCGGGAUAAUAUUGUUUAAGCUCAGGUGGGAAACAGACUGAAAUAUCAACCCUCGGGCUAAGAUUGUUUAAGCUCAGGUGGGAUACAGACUGAAAUCUCAAACAUCGGGAUAAGAUUGUUUAAGCUCAGGUGGGAAACACACUGAAAUAUCAACCCUCGGGCUAAUAUUGUUUAAGCUCAGGUGGGAUACAGACUGAAAUCUCAAACAUCGGGAUAAGAUUGUUUAAGCUCAUUCUCGUGAGGAACCUGCAAACUUCCCUCAACUUGUGAUGUCUGUGUCUGCAUCACACUGGAGUGAUAUGUGUUCUGUAAUAUUUCUUUGUUUCUAUUAUGUUAUAAUAUACACGUGACUUUAACGUAUAUUACAUUUGUUUUAACUAUGUCGACGUUCAAUAAAUGUUGAUACUCAAUGAAAUUA